GGGCUGAAUAAUAUCCGCUCUAGCCGUUGCCUUUCCUGCUCACAAACGCUGAGUUUUCAUUUCAUACUACAUUUAGCCAAAUAUCGCUUUUGUGUAUUCAUCAUAUUUAGUUAUUUAUUAGGCCCAUACAAAUAUGGCAGAGGUAAUUCAAAAGAAGUUGCAAGCGGAGGUAGAGAAAUAUGCUCAGAUGCAGAAAGAUGUUAGCAAGAGCCUGUCAGCCAGACAGAAGCUGGAGACGCAGCUGACAGAGAACAACAUUGUAAAAGAGGAGCUGGAUUUACUGGACAGCACAAACACAGUUUAUAAACUCAUUGGUCCAGUAUUAGUGAAGCAAGACCUGGAUGAGGCCAAAUCCACAGUCGCAAAAAGAUUGGAGUAUAUAAAUGGAGAAAUUCAGAGGCAUGAGACGCUUCUAAAAGACAUGGAAAAGAAGUCUGAACAGCAUCGAGAACUCUUGGCCAGUUUACAACAGGAGUUUCAGAAAGCUCAGGGCCUGGCUGUUGGCAAAGCCUGACCACCCUCCACCCCCACCCCAUACACACACACACAAACAGAGGCAGAAAAUAGAUGACAUCAGUCUCAUUGUUCACCAAGGUCUAGUAAUUUCUGCUUGUAUCUCAUAGGCAGCAUUAUUACUGUGGCUUUCUCUUGUUACUAAUAAACAUGUUGUUUUUCACGAAA